AUGGACGCCAACCGUGUUGAUAUACAGUUUCGAAAACAUCUCGGAAACGCCAAAAAAGAUGUUGACUAUGGAGGCUUCGUCGCGUUUAUUGAAGGUGCUUUAUCAGACGCGUACAUGGAAGCAAAAAGUAUUAGUAAAGAAGACGCCGUGAAAGAGUUGAAAGACAAAAUAGCAGCCGGUAACCCUGCUGGACAUGGUGUGACGACAACUAGCAAAGACGAUGCCACUAACAGACUUACUGAUGUCAAGGGUUACACUGGUGCACACAAGGAGAGAUUUGAUAUGGAAACCGGAAAAGGCAAAGGGAUUGCUGGUCGCGAAGAUGUAGUUGAUGCAAAGGCCGCUGCAGGAUAUGUCGGUGGUUACAAAGGCCAAGGCACAUAUGAUAAAACUCAUUAA